AUGCCUUCCGCAAAUAUCCUUGCAAAGCAAGAACAAACUCCAAUCUUCCCUUACGUCGAGCCGCCAAAAGAGGGCUUGAAACUUAUAGAAUUCAUCAAUACAAAUUUACUGACCAUGGUCUACAUGCCUCUAUUCGCCCCUACUUAUUCAACUUAUUUGUGGGCUAAAUACGUUGAUCGUGUGAAUUUACCAGCAUGGCGAGAUUUCAUGGAGAUAUGUUCGGAAAAUGAAAGUUUCCAAAGGUCGGGGGUGCAAUGCCAACAAUUCAUUAACGAAGUUCCAUCUAGUCUAAUGACCAUUUAUACAUCAAUUAUGCAUGCAAAGAGCGAAACGCGUAAAUAUGGUCAAAAAACUACUAUCUUAACUUACGACGUGUCGUUGUACAUGAAAUGUCGCGAUAUUAUAGCGAAGUUAAUGUUGCCCGACGUUUUUGUUCGCUUAGGCGGAUUCCACAUGUUAGUGUCUUUUUUGGGAGCAAUAGGUAUUAUCAUGGGAGGAAGCGGACUUGAAUCUAUGUGGGAGCUUGCUUACGCUAGAGAAUCGAUAAAGAAAAUGAUGGACGGGCACGAUUAUUCAAGAGCAGUCCGAGCACACAUUUUGACGUUUACAGCUUUAGGCAUCGUAAUUUGUGAUUCAAUCGAAGAAAAAUGCGAGAUCAAAGGGGUUAUCGCAUCAUUGAUGCAUGUCUGGCAGAAAAACCCUUUCAAGCUAGGGGACAGUGACUCUGACAAGGACCUGAAGAAAACGUCUGAUUUGUUUUAUACAAAGAUGAAGCAAUUGAAAAAUAACGGCCCAACAGUUGUGGGUGCAUUACAUUGA